CUCUCACUCACUCACCAACCUUUCAUUUCAUUUCGAUCCCCUUUCAUUUGAGCUUUGACAAUGGCAGCUCCAUGGCGUCGAGAAGCUUCCUGUAUUUACGAUGUCUUCUUGUCUUUCAGCGGCAUUGAUACUCGAAAUAAAUUCACCGCCCACCUCUUGGAUGCUCUGGAGCACCAUCGUUUUUACACAUUCAGAGACGACACUAAACUCAAAAGAGGAGAAGAAAUUGCUCCCGGAUUGCUCAGAGCGAUCGAGGAAUCAAAGCUCUCCAUUGUCGUAUUCUCGAAGAACUACGCGUCCUCAAGAUGGUGCCUCGACGAGCUUGUGACGAUCAUGGAUUGCAGGAGGACACUAAACCAGAUUGUUCUUCCCGUCUUUUACCACCUGGAACCCUCGGAUGUUCGGUCACAGAGGGGCGAUUAUGCAGCAGCAUUUGACAGCCACAAAAAACGCUUCAAAUUGGAGUCGGUGGACAGGUGGAGGGUCGCUCUAACUGAUGCUGCCAAUUUGUCCGGUUUCGUCCUGCAGAAUGCGGACGACCAGGGUGAGUCGGAGUUAAUUGAGACUAUUGUUGGAGUUGUUGCAGAUAAACUAAAUCCUACGUGUUUAAGUGUGGCAGAAUACCAAGUUGGAAUAGAGCGUCGUGUUCAACAACUGAGUGAGUUUUUAAAGUUGGGGUCUAAGAGUGAUGUUAGGAUUGUUGUCAUAUGGGGGAUGGGUGGUAUAGGUAAGACUACAAUUGCUAAAGCAAUGUAUAACCGUAUACAUCGUAUGUUCGGAAGGAGAAGCUUUCUUACAGAUGUGGGACGAACUUCGAUGAAACCGAACGGCCUCGUUGAACUACAAGAAAAGCUUCUUUGUGAUCUGCUAAUGGAUAGAGAUCUGCAGAGAAUAAGAAGUGAGGAUCAUGGGAUUGAGGAAAUAAAACGGCGAGCAUGGUGUCGGAGGGUUCUUCUUGUUCUCGAUGACGUGGAUAACAUCUGCCAAUUGAGGGCAUUAGCCAUAAAUCGUGAUUUGUUUUGUUCUGGAAGUAGAAUCAUCGUAACAACUAGAGAUUUGUCAACAGUAAGUAUGCUUCAGGCGGACGAGGAGUAUAAACCUUAUGUGUUGAAUGAGAAGGAGUCUCUUCAGCUCUUUAGUUGGCAUGCCUUCAGAAAAGAAUAUCCUUUGGAGGACUAUGAUAAUCUUUCAAAGAAAGUAGUGGAUUAUGCUCAAGGGCUUCCUUUAGUUCUUGAGAUUCUAGGUUCCUUUUUGUCACAGAAAACAAUAUCUGAAUGGACAAGUGAAUUGAAGAAGUUAAAAAGAAUUCCACAUCAUGAUAUUCAAAAAAAACUAAAGUUAAGCUAUGAUUCACUUGACAAUGAACAGAAAGACUUAUUCCUAGAUAUUGCAUGUUUUUUUGUUGGAAUGGAUCAAGAUUUGUCAAUCAAAAUACUAGAGGGUUGUGGUUAUUUCCCAGAAUCUGAAAUUGGGGUUCUAUCCCGUCGUUGUCUUGUAAGAACUGAUGGGCAUAACAGGCUGAUGAUGCAUAAUAUGAUUCAAGACGUGGGUAGAGAUAUUGUCCGUCAAGAAUCCCCUCGAGAGCCUGGCGAACGUAGCAGAUUGUGGUAUCACGAGGACAUUCUUGAUGUACUAAGAAACGACGCAGGAACGAAAGCAAUUCAAGGCAUAGUCCUGAACUUAUCAGAAUCAGAGGAGCUACAACAAGUGAAUGCCAAGGCAUUUACAGAGAUGAAAAGGUUGAGACUGCUUCAUCUCAAUUAUGUCCGCCUAAGUGGAAGCUGCAAGCAUAUCUCCGGAAGACUAGUAUGGCUAUCUUGGAAAGGUUUUCCUUUAACAUGUAUGCCAUCCACCUUAAUCAUGGAUAACAUGGUUGCCAUUGACUUGAGCUAUAGCAGGCUCAACCAAGUGUGGAGAGAAUCUAAGGUUUUGUGCAAAUUGAAAUACCUCAAUCUCGGUCAUUCCUAUUUACUGGCCAAAACUCCGGACUUCACUGGUCUCUCUAGUCUUGAGAUAUUGUUGCUUAAUGAUUGUACAAAACUGGUAGAGGUUCAUCAAUCUGUUGGAUGUCUGAAAAAUCUAGUUGUCUUGGAUCUGAAGAAUUGCCAUAAUCUUCAGAAGCUUCCACUGACCAUUUUCAUGUUGAAGCCUCUGCUUUAUUUCAAUAUAUCUGGCUGCUUCAAAUUAGAAUGGCCAGCAUUUUUUCAAGGAUCACCAGCAAAAUCAAGGCUUUGGUCGUUACAGGGACGGAGUAACAUCAGGAAAUUAUAUAUGGAAGACUGUAACAUAACAUAUGUGCCCAACGAAAUUGGUAGUUUGGUCUCCUUGCAGUUUUUGAAUCUUAGCAGAAACAAAUUUUCUAACCUACCAACCACCAUCACCAGCCUUUCGCAACUGAAGGCCCUCUAUCUAAACCAAUGUACUCAGCUUCAAUCACUUCCCGCGCUUCCAUCAAAUUUAUUGGGAUUGAGUGCAAACUACUGCUCAUCAUUGGAAAACAUCUCAAUCGAAUCAAAAGCAGCAGAAGCACCAUUCAUGACUUUUUACGGUUGCUCCAAGUUGGUUGACAGCAAUUUUGCAAAUAAUUUUAGAAAAAAUCUCCUUUGGUAUCAGGGACUGGAAGAACAGGGUGAGUUUAAUAUUUUUCUUCCGGGGAGUGAGGUUCCGAGGUGGUGCGACUACCAGAGUGAAGGAUACUUUUUAUCUUUUUGUGUGCCUAAGGAUGAGCAGGUGGAUCGGAAAAUACGAGGGCUGAUUCUCUGUGUGAUUUUUUGUGGGCGACGCAAAGAAGAUGAUGAUAAGUUUGCUAUUUCCUAUAGCAUUUCAAAUAGAAGUAAGCGUUCUUGGGGAUUUAAUUGUCAACCAAGAGUUGAUUUCUAUCCUGUAAGAUGUGAAGAUCAGAUGUGGCUCGCCUACAUACCCAACCGGAGUCUUGAAUCCAAGUUGAAGCGCGAGAAUAAUCGAUUGGAUGCCGGAGAUAAAGUGGAGAUAUCAAUACAAAUAGACUAUAUUUGGCAGGUGAAGAAGUGUGGUGUUAGUCUGGUUUACGAGGGGGAUGAUGAGAAAGAUUCAUCUGAGGCAAAUGAUGAAGGAAUGAUCGAAUACAUGGAGCCGGCAGACGAAGGAAACUCAAACUUGAUCAUUAUUGCCUCAGACUUGCGUCCGUCUGAGAAAGAUGUGUCCAUGAGGUGGAUCCCAACGGAUUUCAAAUUUCUUGAGGAGAUCGGAAAGAUAAAUAAAUACUAUUGAGAAGCUAUACCAAAUUAUGUCAUUAGUUCAGAUGGUAGGAGUUGUUUCCCGCAAAGAGGAGAUUGAGUAUUUUAUGAUUAUGUGCAUGUUUGCUUGAACUUUGGACGCACGCCAAAAGUAUUUAUAUAUAUGUUUGACAAAAUAUAUAGACGCUGGACCUGUUGAUUGAUUGAAGUUUUCUUAUGCUGUC